AUGCCCUCGCUACCGCCGGACCCCGGCAAGCAGCAGUCAAUAAAUUCGACACUUUCAGACACCUCGACUAUGCCAACCCCUAUGGCCACUGUUUACGUACAACGCAACGGCGUCCCCACAGUCAUCUUAGUGCCGGCUACGGGCAUUAUCCGCCAACCUCAACCAUCCUCGUCCGAAAAUGACUCUGCCGCCGAUACCACAGAAUGCCCGGCUGACACGCCGCUCACCGCCCGCCAACUACGGUCAAAACGUGCAGCAGACACGUUCCUGGCUCGCCACGACCGCCACAGCACCAAACGGGCUGCUGAUCGAAAGCGGCACGCACAUCCACGACCCACCCGGCCAGGCACAACCGGCCCCUCGCCAGGUGUCACACAACGCACCCCCAGGCCACCCCUCUCUCAGAUGACGACCGGCCCAUCCGCCCCAGACUGCCCCAUGUUCCAUACCCCUCCCAUCGCGCAGGCAAGGCACCACCAAUCUCGGAUAGUCCAAAUACGCUACGCUCUCCGGCUCCUGUAG